CGACCACGCCCCCUAAGCCCACUAUACGCUCUCGUGCACCGCUCACUUCACAGUAUGCGUGAGGCCAUCAGCCCAGCAACAGAUUGUGGUUUUGCAAACAGUGUCAUUGAAGCUCUUGACCAACAUGAACCUAAGCGCCUCUGAUCAGAGUGUACACCACUCCACUGAAGGUCGCCUUGAGGAUGACAAACACAGUGUCAUGCUGCCUUGCUUACGCAGAAAUAUCUACGAUGAGCCACUUGCCCCCUACUCCAGCGGAUCCAUCAUUUCGCAACUUCUCCGGAAGACCAUCCACAACAGCAAAAGAGUGCUUGAUGAAAGCCAGUACUACCUCUCCAACACAAAUGCUACUGACUCUGGACAGGAGGACCGCAGUAGUGUGUCCUCAAAGGACAGCACAGUAGAAGCAUCCUCCCCGAAUGGACACAUCUCUGUGAGGUGCAGCCCAGAGGCAGAACACCCUAUGACAGACCACCUGCAAGCAAAGAGAGCCAGGGUAGAGAACAUUAUCAGAGUGAUGGCUGGUUCACCCAACAGCAGGCAACAUGGAGACAAUGAGAGGCCCGACGCUGAUGGCCGAGACACCAGGGAGUGCAGAGAGGCAUAUCGGGAGAACAAACGCAAGCAACGACUCCCUCAGCAUCAGGAACACAGCAUUGGAGGACCGGCAACUAGAAAAUCUAGAAAUGACGAUGAUGAUACUAACACCAAGGAUGAGGAGUGCCACAAACUGAAAGAGCAACUCCACAGUAUGCAGAAACUUCUGCGUCAGCUCCAGGAAAAAAUCCUUCAAGUUUACAACCAGGGAGAUGCUGAUCAUGAUCAAGCUGGAACCAUUGAUUGCGACACUCUGACAGAAAGCGCUGAUGAUGCUUUUGACAGGAAGAAAAGUCGAGUGAUUUUAGAGGGUGAAGACAGAAUUAAAGUAGUCGGUCACCUUGCACACCAAAGAGAGAAUCAGAACCUUCGGGAAAUCCUGAAGCAGGAGCUCUCCAGAGCUGUGAACGAGUGUGUGGAUCGGGUGUUAACAAAGGUGUCCACAUCAGGGCUGGACCUGUCCUCUCAACAGCGAAUGUGCCCGUCGCCAGACAUGCAGAUCAGCUCAGGUACUGGCAGAAAGAACCAAUCGGACAGCUCCACACAUGAGCAGCUACAGGCCGAAGAGGGUUCCGUCAAGACCCACUCUUUGGAGUAUUAUGAAAACUCAGAUGUGCACCAAGACCAGACAGAGGCUCUGUCACUGGUGGUCCGCAAACCUGUGACGUCGCCUCUGAGCUCGGUCACUUCAACAGUAAAACGGCCCUACCCUGUACACCAAACGCCAUUCCAGUUCAACUACAACACCCCUCUUCAUGAUAGUCAGAUUCUGGAGCACCUUCUCAAGUAUGGCCCGCAUUCUAACUUUGCAGGACUCCACUGCAUGCCCCAUUCAAUGGACAGAACCUCUCCAGACCCAGUGGACUUACCUUGGGAAACCAUCGCAUUGAGAUCCAAGGUAACACCCGGCCACCUCAGCCACCACCCUCGCCCGUCUGCCCUGGGGCCGGUCACCGUGGACAACCUGUGCCUUCCUCAUGUUAAACUGGAGUGUGGCGAGCUGCAGAGUGUGGCCGAGCGAAACCCCUACAUGUCUCUCAACAUCCAGGAGGGUCUCACCCCGAGUCACCUGAAGAAGGCCAAAUUGAUGUUCUUCUACACCCGCUACCCCAGCUCCAAUGUCUUGAAGACAUUCUUCCCUGAUGUCAAGUUCAACCGCUGCAUCACAUCUCAGCUGAUCAAGUGGUUCAGCAACUUCCGAGAGUUCUACUACAUCCAAAUGGAGAAGUUUGCUCGCCAAGCCAUCGUAGACGGCGUCACCGAAGUCAACGACAUCACAGUCAGCAGAGACUCCGAGCUGUUCCGUGCACUCAACAUGCACUACAAUAAGGCUAAUGACUUCCACGUUCCGGACAAAUUCCUGGAGGUCGCUGAGAUUACUUUGCAUGAAUUUUACAAAGCCAUUUCUGCGGCCAAAGAUUCCGACCCGUCAUGGAAAAAGGCCAUCUACAAGGUGAUUUGUAAACUGGACAGUGACGUUCCGGAGGAAUUCAAGACAUCAUCCUAUUUGUAGUUGAAAGUGGACAGAAGAAACAUAGGAGUUUGGUGACGUUGGAAGUUAGCCACUGGAGUAUUAUUUCUUGUAGUGCUUUUUAGUGAAUUAAAAUGUAGUUGUGAUACCGUAGGUAGGUUGUUAAUAUUCUUGUUAGCGUUUUUGUGGAUUAUUAUUUGGUUGUGUAGUGUUUACUUGUACUUGUAGAAUCAGUACAGCCUUGGUACCUUUGAAAAAUGAAUAGGUGUGCUAAAUGUUUACAAAGAUGUAAUCUUACUUUUUCAGUAUUGUUAACAGAAGUAUAUCAUUUCUUGAAUGACUAUUGGGAAAAUUAACAAUGAAUCCAUUGUAAUUAAGUCUCAUUUAUUCAUUUUCUACUGCUUUUUCCAGAGGUGUCCAAAGUGCAGCCCGGUGUCAUUUAUGGCCCAUAACUCAUUUUUGUUGGUAUGUUGACUGACAGUGCUGAACAAAUAUUAAAUCACACCCCGAUUAUCUAUGAAUUUUCUAAUUUACUGUUUUAUUGGACAAAAAAAAAUAUCCAGAAUAAAUUAUAAAGCACAUCAUUAUUUAUUAAUUAAGAUGUGAAUUCCUGAAUAAUAAAAGCAUUUCAAGCUGUUCUAAUUAUACGGUACAUUUUUUGGUUAUUCUGAAAAAUGACUUGUGUUCGUUUUAUUUGCCAAAUAAAUAACCAGAACUUUUUUUUAGUUUUUUUUUUGAUAGAUUUCUAUGUUUUCUUGUGUUUAUGACAUCCACGUGUUCAGCACUGUACAUUGGGUCGGUCUGGGUGUGUCUCCCACAUGCUUACAUUUUUCUGUAUGUGGAAACAUUGUGCACAUCCCCAGCUUUGACUGUUCAGGGUCAUGGUUUAUAGCUGGAGUCUACCCCAGGUGACAUUGGGUGAGAGACUGUAUACACUUGAGACUGGUCAACUGUAAAUCAGAGCACAUACAAAGAACUAUUACACUCAUGGACAAGUUUAAGCAUCUAGUUUAGUUUUUUUUUCGGGGGGGGUGACAUCAACCAACCCAGAACUUCCAAGUUGCGAAGCAGACGUCAUAACAAUUCUGCUGUGCUUUUUAAUGGGAUGGAAGUACUACUGUUUCAAUGCCAGAGAUGUAUUCAUCAGAGUAAAGCUGUCUGAAGGAUUCGUGCCACAGCAGAGGUCCACAUCGAUGUACCUCUUCCCAAAGUAGUGUCGUCUUUACACAGCAAAAUAGUUCAAACUAAUUCAUCAGCACCUCUGCUGGUUACGGUCAUCUACACUAUUAUGAUUAUUUUGCCCAUUCCUAUGAUGAAGUAUUAUAAUGUUGCGUGAUGCUGACUUACUAUCGAUGUGUAUUGAGAGUUUUGACACUUUUUCCAUAGCUGUGAAUUGUGGAAAAACACAAAAAAACAUGCACUUAUACUGUAUCUGUCAGAAUGUGAUUAUGCUAUAAACUAUUUGCUUGAUAUAAAGUGCAUUUGGAAAUAAUGGAAGUGACUUUGAGGACAAAGGGGAAAGCUUUGAUGAUGUAAAGUACAAUUAUUUUGAGAUAUAUCAGUAGUAUAGAGUGUAAUGAAUGGAUCAAAUUA